GAAGACAAUCGGUAGGUCCCCUAUUUUGUCGUGCUCAAGCUUCACUCAGCAAUAGACAAUCGCGAUAUCCCAAGCUGUUACAUACCGCCAAAAUGUCCGAAUACCAGUCCUUCAAACUUAAAACACAACUUGAAGCAGGAGCUUGCCCCCUAUCCACUCCGCCGAUUCUCGUAAUGUUGUAUCUCCAAGGUUCCACGCGGAUAAAGUGUGUGCACGGACAGGUGCCUCGACUACGCCCUUGACCAUCAGAGCGCAACGGCAGCCAAAGCUCCCGGUACACAACCCACCACACAACCAUUACUCCGCCCCACAAUCAAAUAUGAGGAUGCUGUCGUCAAGCGUCAAGAAGUGAAGACGGCCCCUGGGACUGGGGGAUGAGCAGAAGGACAACGCGAGAAGGCGCAGCGUCAUCGGUGGCAGGAUGUAUAAGAUGAAGCCACUUCACCUCUCGUUCAUCGGCUUACUCGAGCAGCGACAGCUGCAGCGUCGAGCGUUCCUAGCCCUUGCACUGUCCUCCGCCACCGACCGGAGACAUCAGUCGCUGAUCCGUUGUAGCAUCUCUCCCCUGAUCGGGCGCUGUGAGAAUCCAUCACUUGCUCGUCCAUCGCCCAGCUUCCACGGGCCGGGCUCCGUAUGGUGCGCUGCUCCCAAAAUGUCUGAGUAUAAGACCACGUUAGCUUGUUUGCUUCAGUAAUCAGUGGCCCAAACAUCUAUUUUUGACUUUCGAUAAACCUUCAUCUGUCAUCUUUUCGCCUCCACGACCUACAACAAAUAAUCUUGAGAGCCCAACAUCAGUAACAAAUAGCGCAGUCACGAAGGUUGAUUAAUAUUGUUGUUGACUGACAAAAUGGGACCUCUACGUCGUCAGCCAGCUAUGCUCGACUUGCACAGCGCCAGUCGCGCUGUUAGCGUCGAAUGGGAUGACUGGGACAAGGAUCCAUGGGGACAGGAAGAGAUAAACCAUGGAAGUCUCAAGAGACAAAGCACUGAUGUACUGGGGGAGACUGAGGAUCGCAAAAGAAUCAAGGAGGUGAGGCAGAGCGACAAGUAUCGGAAGGCAUCAUCCAUUGCGAAGAGGUCUGAGCCUCUCUUGAGAAGACCGGUAAGGUCAUCAAACUCGCCAGACACCACCACCAUUGUGCUCGAACCACGAAGUCGGUCGUUUUCAUCCGCCCGCUUCGAAAAAACUGUCACUUAUGACCAUGCAUCGGCCAUAUCGCCUUGUUCCGAGUAUGGCGAAGGAAUCUCUUUGGUUCUAGGAAUUUCAAAACCUCCCCAACGAUUCCACGCAUCAGAGUAUCCCGAGUCAGCCUACUCCACUGAACGACCAGACCUUGCUGUGUUUGGACAACCCGCCUCUCAACCAAUGGUCAGAGAAUAUACUUCUAUGGGCUGGGAUGGAGAGAAUGUUGAGAACCGCUGUGAUACCGGCAAAGUUCUUGAAGGGCUCCCACUGAUUAAUACCAGUAGAUUAGAGCGAACGAGGAAGGGUAAUUCCAAGUCGCCAUGGCAUCAAGUGUCGCGCAAAUACUCUCGGGCGUCACCUUUGUCAAAUUCUACUGGAGACCAUGAUGCUCGAACGCAUACCCUUUUGCAUACAAUGAAGAGAGGCAAAUCCAAGUCCUAUCAAGGUGGCCUUUCUCUCAAUUUUCAGAGCGUUUCUCUCUCACCAUCACCUAUCGCACCCACACCCUCCCCAACAUCCUCAUCUCACUCUAGUCAAUCAUUCCUUUCCGCCUCCAUGUCUGAUCAUUCCGUCCGUAUUCUCACAACGAUCACAGCCCAGACGCGACCACAUAUGAAUUUCUUGGCCAAUGCAUCUGACGUCUCGAUCCUGGCGCCUUCCACCAUCGGAAUAGGCUACUCUUCGUCUGCUGAUACGGGCUCUCCAGGUAGUUUGCCAGAAAGUCUGGAAGCGGAGUGUGUCGAUCUGACGGAGACUGGUCGUCGGGCCUCGCAUGCGAGUAAGAGAGAUAAGCGACAUUCGUGGAUGAGCCACACGAACACGGUAGACCCGGAAACUGUCGAGAUAAUCACCGAAGAAUUACCAUCUACCCAGCCUUUGAAGUCCGAUCCAGUAUAUCUCAGGCCCUGCUACAUUCUACCUGUUGGCUCUCAAACCCCUUUACAUACUUGUUCGUCUGCGCAAGGACCAAAAUUGAAAAGAGCACAUACCUAUGCCAACUUGAAGGAUCUCUGGAAACUCGCUUCAUUCCCCGGUGGGCUUAUCGAGGUGCAGAAAGACGAAGAACCCGUAAAGCAAGAAAACCAAGGUCUAUCCUCUCAAAUUCUCGAACCUCCUGCUAUCAUCCAACCACCAUCGCUUGGUCCGCCAAUCGAUAUCCUAUCCCGUCCAGUCUCUUCUGCCAUAUCGCGUGACACCACCACAACAGCUCGAGGUCCUCCAACUACCCAUUCUUACUCUCCCUUCCGAUCAGUAUCCAUGUGCUCUCCGCCGGAUACAGUCGAAGAGCUCUUUCCUGAAUCCCCAUUCAACUCCCCCCAACCUGGCAAUAUCGGCAAAAUCAAACGAUCCCCUUUUCAAGCAACUCGUAAUUCCUUGAAAGGGAUGCUAAACAAGUCUUUCAAAGGCCGAUCACUGGCCCAUGCGUUUGAUAAUGCGGAACAGAACAGUCAGCAAAGAGAGUCGUCUUUGAAAUCAAAGAUAUCUGGGCCUUUGCUGAUCAGAGGUAUGCGAGGUGAGAUGGAUAGGAAGAAAAGCGAUAAAGAAUGGAGAGAAGAGGUCUUGAAAGACGUUGUAGGAAGGACGCUGUCUUCGCAAUUCAAGCUCCUUGAAGAGGUAGCUAAGCAGCAGCGAGAAUCUUUACUUGAUAAAGAGAAAAUUAGCCAGAAGACUCCGUCGUUUGGGAUUGGCCUGAAAAACAGGAGCCCAAUACCAGAAACACUUUUGAGCGCCGUUUCGAUAUGCGACAAAGAAAAUCCCAUCACUGCUGAUUCGCACGCAGACAGAAUGAAAAUGAAGAGCGGAACAAGACCGAGUAUGGAAAGUAGCUUGAGCUUGAGGAUGGUAACAGAUGAGACAUUCAACAACCCGAAAACCGAGGGUCUGACAUCUGGACAUCUUGCCAAUUCCAUUGGCCGUAAAAAUCUCACAAACCAAACCCCUCCGCAUCGGCUAUCGGGCAAAGGCCGUCCUACCUCUGCCCCACUUCUCUCUGCAUGGUCUCCACCACGUCCCAAAUCCGAAAAGCUGUCUCAAGUGAUCAAUCCACCAAUUGUCGUCAAUCAUGCGACACCCCGUCCCGAGGAGUCUCCUAAGACCAACCCGCAUCAUCCGCCUUCAUCUCCUUCACCGUCGCCAAAAGCGGGAAAAAGUAAGAGCGGGAGGAUCUCUAGAAGGUCAAGUAUUCUGAACUUGCUCAAAUCCAAAGAUUCAAAACACCAGAACGCCUCCCAGAGUCCUCCUAGACCAAAGAAGAUGGCAAGCGGGACGUUCACUCUCACAGGUAGCAUUCGCUCCUCUUUCUUGGCUAUCAUUAAGAAUCAUAUUCAAACCAUGCAGCAAGAAAAAAGAGGUAAAUAUUCUAGGACACCCUGCAUCAUCCCUCCUUCCACGUUACCCCUUCGUACACCUAUCCAUCAACAUACUGAACUUUAUCGACCUCUUUCAAGAGCGAGAUCAUCGUUCGAGCUGACUUUGAACCUUGAGCCUGCAAAGCCAUUAUUGGAUGAGCUGCUGGCGAGGGAUGACGCGCUGGGCUUUUUGGAAGGAAGAAAUAAAAGGGAGCAGAGAGUAGAGGUUGAUAUUGAGAAGGUGCUGGAAUGGCGUAAAGAAGUGGAAGAAGAUAUCUAGAGAUUAGCAUGUGGUGUGCGAAACGAUGUGGUUUUGGGCUCUGUGUAAAAUCUUUAACUGUUGGGUGGCCUAAUGAGUAAUGACGAUUAUGACGCUGUGAUGAACAUAUCUUGCUAGGA